UUAUGGAUCUGGUCGCUCUCAGGCUUUUCUCUGCUGCUAUUAAUUAGUUCGUACGGCGCUUGUUGGCACUGGAAGCAGCAAAACGUCAUUUCUCUGUGAGCCUGAGUGAGUCAAACUUGGAAUCUUACACGUGAUAACCAAAUAUGACAAAAACUCUAAUGAAGAAAAUUGGGGAAAGAGGCAAUGAUCGUGGAUUUCAGGCCUUCAAGGACAAGAGCAAACCUGCAGACAUUCGCAGCAGCAAUAUCUGCGCUGCAAAAGCUGUUAAUGAUGCUAUCCGUACAAGUUUAGGUCCCAGAGGAAUGGACAAAAUGAUUCAAGCUAGUAAUGGGGAAGUUACUAUCACAAAUGAUGGAGCUACAAUUCUAAAAGAGAUGAAUGUAGUGCAUCCUGCUGCAAAGAUGCUGGUUGAAUUAUCUAAAGCUCAGGAUAUAGAAGCUGGUGAUGGUACUACAAGUGUUGUUGUAAUAUGUGGUUCACUCUUAGAGGCAGCAAAUCGUUUAUUACAAAAGGGUAUUCAUCCCACUUCUAUCGGUGAUGCUUUUCAGAAAGCAGCAUCUAAAGCAGUGUCAAUUUUGACGGAUAUGUCCAUAUCUGUUGAUCUAACGGACAAAGAAUCUUUGACAAAAGUUGCAGCAACAUCUCUGAAUUCUAAGGUGGUACAUCAACAAUCUAGUCUUCUUGCACCAAUUGCGGUGGAUGCUGUAUUAAAGGUUGCAGAAGAAGGAAAAGAAGCAUCGGUUGACUUAAAAGACAUCAAAGUGAUAAAGAAGUUGGGAGGUACUGUUGAAGAUACUGAGUUAGUGGAUGGAUUAAUAUUUACAGAAAAAUCUUGCAAUGUCAAUGGUCCNAAACGCAUUGAAAAGGCCAAAAUUGGAUUGAUUCAAUUCUGUAUUUCGCCNCCAAAAACUGACAUAACAGGAAUUCAAAAUCGCGGGAAAACUGUUACAGUUCUUGUACGCGGAAGUAACAAAUUAGUUUUAGAAGAAGCUGAAAGAUCGUUGCACGAUGCUUUGUGCGUAAUUCGAUGCUUGGUAAAGAAAAGAGCGUUGAUUGCUGGCGGUGGUGCACCCGAGAUUGAAUUAGCGAUCAAGUUAGGAGAGUAUGGAUUGACUUUGGGUGGAAUUGACGCUUACUGUGUUCAAGCUUUCGCAAAUGCGCUUGAGGUAAUUCCGUCGACGUUAGCUGAAAACGCAGGCUUGAAUCCGAUAACUACAGUAACCGAACUUCGCAAUCGGCAUGCAAAGGGCGAGAUAACGGCAGGAAUUAACGUAAGGAAAGGCGCAAUUACCAACAUACUGGAGGAGAAUGUGAUUCAACCGUUGCUGGUUUCUACUAGUUCGAUAACUCUAGCUUCUGAAACUGUGCGCAGUAUACUAAAAAUUGACGAUAUUGUCAAUACAAAUCAAUAAAUUACGAGAGGGGUGCGAUUUAAAAUUGA